AUGCGGCCGCCUGAGGGGCGUCACCAUCGGCAUGAACAGGAGGACGGGGCAGAGCAAGGGCUACGCCUUUGUGGAGUACGAAAGCAGAAGGGAUGCCGAGGAUGCCUACGACAGGUUCAACGGCUACAGCAUGGAGGGUCGCCGCCUUCGCCUCGAUUGGGACGUGGGUCUGGUCCUUCUUUGGCUACCCGCCUCGCAGCCGCUCGCCGCCCAGGAGGAGCCGCUCCCCUCCGCGAAGCAGGAGGAGCAGGAGCCGCUCUCCCAGGCGCUCGCCGCCCAGGUCGCCUCCCCGUCGCUCGCCUUCUCCUGCGAGGAGGUCCCCGGCGCGUUCGCCCGCGCGCUCUCCGGCACGCUCGCCUGCUCGCUCGCCUGCGAGACGCAGCCCCGCGCACCGGUCCCCUUCUCCUCGCCGCUCUCCGAGCCCCGGAGAGAACAAGCGCUCCAGGAGUCCUUCACGUACCCCUUCGCCUGGCGCCGACAAGAGGCGCCGGCUCGAUGACGAGGUCUAAAAAGUGGCAUCGCUUCGAGAGGAGUCCUCACCCCGCCGCCGGUGGAAUAAAGUAG